AUGGAGACUUUUGGAGUGGGUCGCCCUCAUUCCAGCCUCUACGGGAGGGCCGCCCUCAUUCCAGCCUCUACGGGAGGGUCGCCCUCAUUCCAGCCUCUACGGGAGGGCCGCCCUCAUUCCAGCCUCUACGGGAGGGUCGCCCUCAUUCCAGCCUCUACGGGAGGGUCGCCCUCAUUCCAGCCUCUACGGGAGGGCCGCCCUCAUUCCAGCCUCUACGGGAGGGCCGCCCUCAUUCCAGCCUCUACGGGAGGGCCGCCCUCAUUCCAGCCUCUACGGGAGGGCCGCCCUCAUUCCAGCCUCUACGGGAGGGUCGCCCUCAUUCCAGCCUCUACGGGAGGGCCGCCCUCAUUCCAGCCUCUACGGGAGGGCCGCCCUCAUUCCAGCCUCUACGGGAGGGCCGCCCUCAUUCCAGCCUCUACGGGAGGGUCGCCCUCAUUCCAGCCUCUACGGGAGGGCCGCCCUCAUUCCAGCCUCUACGGGAGGGUCGCCCUCAUUCCAGCCUCUACGGGAGGGUCGCCCUCAUUCCAGCCUCUACGGGAGGGCCGCCCUCAUUCCAGCCUCUACGGGAGGGCCGCCCUCAUUCCAGCCUCUACGGGAGGGCCGCCCUCAUUCCAGCCUCUACGGGAGGGCCGCCCUCAUUCCAGCCUCUACGGGAGGGCCGCCCUCAUUCCAGCCUCUACGGGAGGGUCGCCCUCAUUCCAGCCUCUACGGGAGGGCCGCCCUCAUUCCAGCCUCUACGGGAGGGCCGCCCUCAUUCCAGCCUCUACGGGAGGGUCGCCCUCAUUCCAGCCUCUACGGGAGGGUCGCCCUCAUUCCAGCCUCUACGGGAGGGCCGCCCUCAUUCCAGCCUCUACGGAAGGGCCGCCCUCAUUCCAGCCUCUACGGGAGGGUCGCCCUCAUUCCAGCCUCUACGGGAGGGCCGCCCUCAUUCCAGCCUCUACGGGAGGGUCGCCCUCAUUCCAGCCUCUACGGGAGGGCCGCCCUCAUUCCAGCCGCUACAGGAGCGCCGUCUGGUUGCAUUCUUUUCACUGUAUAUGCUCAAAUAAAAGCAAUAUAGAACAAAAGAUACAUUAG